UCCAUCUUCCCCUUGCCCCCACAGCUUGUUCUCCAAGUCGACUCAUCAUCAACAAAAACACACAUAUAACUAGGGUUCCUUUCCUCCUCAUCUCUCUCUCUCUCUCUAUCAUUCUGCAAAUCUCCCAGCACGUCUUUCUUCACUCUUCAGCUCUUAAACUCAAUCGUGAUACAAAUCAACAACAGAUUAGAUGGCAAGAUCUUCAAGUGGCACUAAAAAUGGAAUACGAAUCGUUGUUGCCGGAGACCGUGCCACCGGAAAAUCAAGCUUAAUCGUAACAGCUGUUUCCGAAACCUUUCCUACCAAUGUUCCACCUGUUUUACCCCCGUCUCGUCUCCCCGACGAUAUGUUCCCUGACCGUGUUCCCAUUACCAUCAUUGAUACUUCUUCUAGUGUUGAGCAGAGGAAUAAGGUUGGAGAGGAGAUGAGGCGAGCAGAUGCUGUUGUGCUUACUUAUGCAUGUGAUCGUCCUGAGUCUCUUGAUCGUUUGAGUACGUAUUGGCUUCCGGAGCUUCGUCGAUUAGAGGUGAGAGUUCCUGUUAUAGUUGUGGGCUGUAAGUUGGAUUUGAGGGAUGAGCAACAGCAAGUUAGUCUGGAGCAGGUUAUGUCUCCAAUUAUGCAGCAAUUUCGAGAGAUUGAGACUUGCAUAGAAUGUUCUGCGUCCAGACAUAUACAGAUCCCAGAGGUUUUUUACUAUGCCCAAAAAGCUGUACUUCACCCUACAGCACCAUUAUUUGAUCAGGAAACUCAAACAUUGAGGCCUCAAUGUGUCAGGGCGCUGAAACGCAUAUUUAUCUUGUGUGACCAUGACAAGGAUGGUGCACUAAGUGAUGCAGAGUUGAAUGAUUUCCAGGUCAAGUGCUUCAAUGCUCCUCUCCAACCUUCUGAAAUUAUUGGUGUUAAGAGGGUUGUGGAAGAAAAAUUGCCUGAAGGAGUCAAUGAUCGUGGUCUCACUUUGAGAGGGUUUCUAUUCCUUCAUGCACUUUUCAUAGAAAAAGGGCGGCUGGAGACAACAUGGACUGUCCUGAGAAAAUUUGGAUAUAAUAAUGAAAUCAGGCUAGAUGAUGAUUUUCUUCCACCUUCAUUCAAACGAGCGCCAGACCAGAGUGUUGAGUUGACAAAUGAUGCUGUUGAAGUCUUGAAAGGAAUAUUCAGUAUGUAUGACAACGAUAAUGAUGGUGCUAUCCGCCCCCCAGAUGUGGACGAUCUAUUUUCUACCGCACCAGAUUGUCCUUGGAGUGAAAGUCCAUACAAGGAUGCUGCGCCAACAACUGCAUUGGGAGGUUUGACAAUAGAUGGAUUUCUGUCAAAGUGGGCUCUUAUGACGCUUCUGGAGCCAGCUAAGAGCGUGGAGUAUCUGAAGUAUAUUAUGUAUGGUGGAGAUGCUUCUUCUGCCAUUCGUCUGACUAGGAGGCGGCGUACAGAUCGCAAGAAGCGGCAAUCUGAGAGAAAUGUUUAUCAGUGCUUUGUUUUUGGACCAAAGAAGGCCGGUAAAUCAGCCUUGCUGGAUGCUUUUCUUGGAAGGCCCUUCUCUGAUACUAAUGAUGCAAGCACUGAGGAGCGAUAUGCUGUAAAUGUCGUAGAAGGAUCCUCGGGAAGCAAGAAGUUCCUUGUUUUGAGAGAGAUACCUGAAGAUAAAGUUAAGAAAGUUCUUUCAGCCAAAGAUUCUUUAGCUGCUUGCGACAUAGCAAUUUUUGUAUAUGACAGUUCUGAUGAACUAUCAUGGAAAAAGACAGCUGAAUUGCUUGUCGAGGUUGCAGGCCAUGGCGAAGAUACUGGGUUUGAGGUCCCUUCCCUUAUUGUGGCCGCUAAAGAUGAUCUGGAUCCAUAUCCUAUGGCUAUCCAGGAUUCUACUCGGGUUAGCCAAGACAUGGGAACCGAAGCCCCAGUGCCUAUUAGUGCCAAAUUGGGGGACUUCAAUAACAUAUUCCGCAGAAUUGUGAGUUCGGCAGAGCGUCCUCAUUUGAGCAUUCCUGAGACUGAAGUUGGAAGAAGCAGAAAGCAAUACCAUCGUCUUGUCAACCGUUCCCUUAUGUUUGCUUCAGUCGGAGCAGUUGUCAUUGCCGGAUUGGCUGCUUAUCGUGUCUACGCAGCAAGGAGGAACAGUUCCAACUGAGAAGACGGAUAGAGAAGUGCGUGUGAAAUAUCUAUUUGCCUUGCUACCACCGUCUUUGGGCCUAGUAUGGGUGCCCUUUGCCGGAUAUUUAGAGACCCACACCCAUUGUCCUUUUGUAGUUCAAAAUCUUUGAUAGAUUUCAGGUUUUGUAUUUUGGAUUGUUUUUAUGGUAGUGUAUAGUGAUCUAAUUUUAGUUGAGUGCACAAUCUGUGCAAUAAUUACUUUUGCCAAGAAUAUACUUUGUUUGCAUGGUUCAACGUAAAGUUGAUUGGUGCGAGAAAUGUUAUAUUUUCUGGUGUGGGCCACCAGAAACGUAGCACUUUUCCACAGAACACUAAAUGGAUCCUUUCUGGACCUGGCAAAACUAGGUUGUACACCCAAAUAACUCUAUAUAGGUAGGAAUUUACUGUAUUCCAAAUCAAUUUUGAUCC